AUGACGAUCUUCAUAAUCCCCCUUGUGGCAUUGGGUGCUACUCUGUUGGCACCCAUUGUUUCAGGACAAUACUCUCCUCACUUUCCAGAACCCCCCAAUCCAGAGCCCAUUGAGGUUGUCGAGCUGCCCUUGCCUCCUGUCGUUUCAAGCAAUGCUAUAGGUGCUUGUACCGCCAAAAUUAAUCCCCGAGGCACUGGCUGCAUCGGUGUAGAUACCGGGGGAGAGCAGGACUUCCAGUCAGGAGAUUUCACGCCCAAUGGGAAGCACAUCGUGGCCAAUGUUGUUUUCAUCGGCGCCCCAGCAGCUCCAGACCCAGCAAGUAUUUAUGAUGGCGAGCAGUUGAUCCUUAUCACAACCGAUGGCACCAACUUCUCCAACGGUGAUUUAUGGAAGUGUAUCACUUGUGGUGUUCCGUCAAAGAAUGCUCCCUGGCUUGAUCCCCAGAGAGACUAUCCUCACGUCUUUCGAAGCGGUGAUAAGGCACUGUGGGGUCACAAUAUUGUCUCCUGUGGUGGAAAGCCGUUGGCUAGUGAUGGCUGUACUCCGAACAACACUCACAUCUAUCCCAUUCACUGGACAGUGACCGCUGAUGGCACCGGAAAAGGUGGUUCUCCACGAGAGAUGCGCCUUCAUCCUGAUGAUGAGCACAUGGGCUGGAGCUCCUUCACUAAUACUGGAGGCCAGUAUACGUACUUUGGCCGCCUGGAGUACAACGCCGACCCUAAAGUUGGAGAACCUCUUGUUCCUCGAUAUGAUUUGGUUGAUGUCAACAUUCUGUUCGACAAAAAUGGCAAACCUUCCAUGUAUGUCGAAGGCGAAAAGUUAAUCAUCAAUCACGAUGCUAUCACGCCCGGUGAGCUGCGUGGUUUCAGUGGCUCGGGCGAUGAGAUACUCUACAUCGGAUCUCCCGUUGAAGCCAAUAACAUCGAUGUAAUGGCUGUCCAUCUCACUACUGGAGCUAUCCGACGCCUCACUAGUCAUCCAGAUUACACAGACCCAAUCACCAUGUCCCACGAUAAUCAAUGGAUUGUCGCUAUGGACACUCGCGUUGUAGGUCGCCAGAUGUUUAUGUCUGGUAUGAGAUGGAUCCCUCCCAUCAUCGACUACCUCGUUGUGGCCAUCGCUUCGUCAACGCGCAAUAACGGGCCACGGAGAUUCUUCCAGCCGAUCCUCAUCAGUCAUGAUGGAGACAGCGGAAACUGUUUCGGUCAGCAGGUCAAUGCGGACGGUGAGGGAAGUGAUGGAAGUGCCAAUGACCCAAACUGGAAUGGCAGAGCUGAUCCCGCCGUCUCUCCUGAUAGCACCAUGAUUGCAUAUUGGCAAGCUCUUGUGGUUUCUCCCUCUUGCGGUGGUUCCAACCCUCUUCCAUGUCCAGUUUCUACUGCCCAAGGAGGUCGCAAUUACCGCGUCAUGCUUGCUCGUCGUACCUCUCUGAAACCUUCAAAGCCAGCGCCGGUCUUUAAGGCACCCGAUUUUAUCCCUUGGGCGAAGCCUUUCCCCGCUGGCAGUACAACACCUAAGCAGUAUGAGAUCCCAGCCGGCAACUAUACACUAGAGGGUCAACUGUCGGGCGUCGCCGAGGUUGCUUUCAUCGAAGACCCCGACACUGGUGCCAUUCAAACCAUCUCGGCUUCUUAUAGUAACUACUCAGAUCAUGAAGGCUACAUCAUCGACGGGUAUGAGAAGGUCUCUAAAUGGAAGUUGCUUCCCAACGUUUGGAAAGACAGAGUGGAGUGGUUCUCCAACAUCACGUAA